AUGGCAUCCUCACAGGUCCAUCAACUCGUCGUCAAACUCAGGGCAUGUGUGCAAGCCACAAGGCCAGCCGAUGUCGCUCUGGUCGGGCUGGCAGUUGUCGCUCUCACUUUCCUGACCACAUGUAUUUACCGGCUCUACUUCCACCCACUCGCACGCUACCCCGGGCCGUGGUACAUGAAAGUCACUUCCCUGUAUGAUUUCUACAUUGGUGUCGGGGAGCGCAGACAUCUCCAUAUCCAUCAUUUGCAUCAGAAAUAUGGCCCCGUGGUUCGGUACAGCCCGAAUGCUUUGGCCUUUAACGAUCCCCAAGCCUUUCGAGAUAUCUACGGAUUCAAACGCAAUUUUCGGAAAGCAGACGCCACGACCGUCGGCGCCUCUGGCCACCCGGACGCACGAAAUACAUUCAGCGAGCCCCUGACAGAGAACGCCAUGAAGAAGAGAAGGAUCCUGUCACAGGGCUUCUCAGAGUCUGCUUUGAGAGAUGCUGAAGAAUUCAUGAUUGAAAAGAUCCAGAUCCUGUGUAAACAGCUGAUCAACCCCGAGACAGAAAAGGCCAAAGACAUGUCGCUGUGGUUGAAUUACCUGGCCUACGACAUCAUGGGCGAAGUCGUCUUUGGGAAGAGCUUCGACAUGUUGACGAACCCCUCCUUGCGCUAUGUGUUGGACUUGAUCGAUUCCAUGGUGUUUUCCACUCUCUUGGGAGGCAUCGCACCCUGGAUCUACAGGAGUGGUUUGAUCAACGUCCUCUUUCCGCGACUCCUGCGUACCCGCACCAAAUUUAUCGCCUACGUGGCUGGUGUCGUGCAGAACAGAAUCGCAGCCGAAGCCGACGCCGCCGCUGCAGGACGACGCAAGGACUUUUUCCAUUAUCUGCUCAACGCCAAAGAUGCAGACACGGGCAAGCCGUUGCCGAUCGAGUUCCUCUUCUCCGAGGGCGUCUUGCUGGUCGUCGGCGGGAGCGACACUAGUCUGGCCGCCACCCUUUUCUACCUGCUCAAAUACCCCCAGUGUAUGGAGAGGCUGCGUCAAGAACUCGACGCCAAGUUCGACAGCGUCGAUGAGAUCAGAUCCGGCGCGAAGCUGGCUCGCUGUUCUUACCUCCGAGCUUGUGUGGACGAGGCGCUGCGCAUGGCACCCCCAGGUCCUGGCUUACUUCCCAGGGCGGCCUUGAAGGGCGGAGAAACCGUGAAUGGAGAGUUCAUCCCAGAAGGUAUUGACGUCGGCGUCGGCUGGUGGGCCCUUGCGUACAACGAAAAGUACUUUCCCGAACCAGACAUGUUCCGACCAGAGCGAUACCUCACGAGUGACGGGAGUACAAACGAAGACACCGCUACAGCAAAAGAUUGCUAUUGGGCGUUUUCCAUGGGCCCGCGAAAGUGUCCCGGCAUCAAGAUGGCGUAUCAGGAACUCUACAUCACCAUUGCGAGGCUGGUUUAUCUCUUCGACAUGCACCCCGAGCGGCCGGAAGAAUUGCAGAAAAACUUUGAGCUUCUGGAUCAUUUCAGGUGUGCAGCAUGUCUGAUUGACUUCUGCGCUGUGGUUUUCGCCCCGGGUAAGAUGGCUGAAGACUGUGCAAACCCGCUGCUGGCGGGCUGGCUGAAGGAAUGGAUGGAUGAAGCAAAAGAACGCAACAGUAAAGGCUACACUGUUUACAAAAAAGCAUAUCAAUCCAUCAAAGCGUGCCCCCUGGCUUUCAGCCACCCCUCCGAAGCCCAACAACUGAACGGCCUAGGCCCUAAACUAUGCGACCGACUUACGGAGAAGCUCAAACAGCAUUGCGAGCGGAAUGGGCUGGUUAUGCCAAGCAAGAAAGGCCGGAGGAACAGGACAUCAGAAGACUCGCCGCCAGAUGAGGCCCGACCGGACGAAGCAGAACAGUCCUCGCCAGUCCGUAGGAAGCGGAAGGCUCAGCCAUAUGUUCCAAAAUACAGGUCUGGUGCUUAUGGUUUAAUAGUCGCUCUCGGCACCUUGGACCAUGAAAGCAAUCAGGCCAUCCCAAAACCCGACCUGAUUGAACUGGCACAGCCUCACUGCGAUGCGAGUUACACGGUCCCGAGUGACCCCACGAAAUUCUUCACGGCGUGGAAGUCUAUGCAAACAUUGGAGUCAAAAGAGCUUGUCUGCACCAAGGGCCACCCGACGAAACGAUAUUACUUGUCCGAUGAAGGAUGGGAGGUCGCAGAAGGUAUACAAGCGAGCGCCGGCGGUCGGCCUGGGGCGGCGAAGAAGAAAAAGAAUCAGCGGGAAACUACAUCAACUCGUCGCGAGAACGCUUCAAGAUCCGUCACCCCAGAGUCUGAAAAGCGGCAAACAGCUUCGGCUGCCCCAGUACAACCCAACCGACUUGCCGGGGCUGCAGCUCGCCGAGCUUCUGAUGACUUGGAAGUAUUGUCGAUUUCCGAGAACGACAUGCCUGAAUCAAAUCCGGAGACGAGGUUUGUGCGCUCUGAUGGCGGAAAACUUGGUCGAAGACCGACAGGUUCCAACUCCUCCCUUGAGGAUACAAUCAUCUUGCCAGCAGGAAGCUUCGAGGUGAAAAUGGUACUGGAUAUGCGUGAAGUUCGCACAACCACUGAUCGAGAUUACAUCUCUGGAGAGCUGAAAAAACAUGGUAUCACUGCAACCAUUCGCUCACUUCCAUUAGGUGAUGUCUUGUGGGUCGCAGAAGUAAAUCCGCUCUACACUAAUCGUCUCAAGGCAGCAAGUGUUGGCGACGAAGGCGACAACAAGGUAGAAAUUGUUUUGGAACACAUCCUGGAGCGCAAAAGGCUCGACGACCUGAUCAGCAGUAUCAAAGACGGACGUUUCCACGAACAGAAAUUCCGACUGCACAGGUCCGGGAUAAAGAAUGUGACUUAUCUUAUUGAGGAGUACUCGAUCUCUUCGGAGAGAAGUGAGAAAUACGGGGAUGCACUGGAAAGUGCCGUCGCCAGUAUGCAAGUGGUCGACAACUUCUUUGUCAAGCAAACAACAAAGCUGGACGAUACGAUCCGUUAUCUUGCCCGUAUGACCAAAACCCUCAAGGGACUGUACGAGAGCAAGGACAUCAACGUCAUCCCUGCUCAAAGCUUCGAAGCCGAGGCUGUUUCGUUAUUGCUGGAGCGGUUCAGAAAGAACUCUCCUGGGAGGGCGUUUGGCAUGACAUUCUCGGUAUUUAGUGCCAUGUGUGACAAGUCGGAGAGCAUGACUCUUCGAGAUGUCUAUCUCAAGAUGUUGAUGUGUACCCGAGGCGUGACUGGGGAGAAGGCGAUUGAGAUACAGAAAAUCUGGCCGACGCCGCGUGCUCUGGCCGAAGCUUUCGAGGCUCAAGAAAAGGGAAAUGCGCGGGAUGCGAUGAUCAGCGAUCGUCUUGGGUCUACCAUUCCUCGGAAGAAGGUUGGGAAGGCAUUGAGCACGAAAAUUGCAGAGAUUUGGGGGUGA